AUGUCAGGACGCGGAAAAGGUGGAAAAGGGCUCGGAAAAGGUGGAGCGAAACGCCACAGAAAAGUUCUUCGCGACAAUAUCCAAGGAAUUACCAAGCCGGCUAUUCGCCGCCUUGCGCGUCGCGGUGGCGUCAAACGCAUUUCGGGAUUGAUUUACGAAGAAACUCGCGGUGUUCUCAAAGUGUUCCUCGAGAAUGUAAUUCGAGAUGCUGUCACCUAUUGCGAGCAUGCUAAGAGAAAGACAGUUACUGCCAUGGACGUCGUCUAUGCUUUGAAACGUCAGGGAAGAACGCUCUACGGUUUCGGUGGAUAA